GAACCGACAUAUCCACAUGGCUUUUGGAGUCUUUGAAUAUUCCUUCCCUCUGACUUAUGGUUUCCAGAAACCUUCCUCACACUCAAAUGUUUUGUUCUUCUUAAUCACAAUUUCAGAAUUGGUCUUUUACGGUUAAGAAUUCAGGAUUGUGAAUUGAAAAGCCAUGGACUUCCGAAGUAGAAGGGUUCAAUUUCUACUCUUUGCUAUUGGAUUAAUCGCUCUUAGUAUGACAGCUGAAAAAUGUCGGGAACUUGUUGGACAAGAAGCUGCAUCAAAGAGUGGACAGUUUACAUUCUUGAAUUGCUUUGAUAUGAGUUCAGGGACUUUAGCAUGUGCAGUUAAAGAAGGUGUGAAGCUUUAUUUCUACAAUAUAAGAUCUAUUCAUGUAGAGAAGGCCAGGAACGUCGCUAUUGAGAAAGCCUUGCACGAGGCAUUGGAUAAUGGCAUGCUUGCAAAAGAAGCAGCCAAAGAGGGGCAGAGAGCAGGUGAAAAAGCGGCUAAACUGGCGACGCGGCAAGCGAAACGUAUCAUAGGACCAAUAGUAGCAGCUGGGUGGGAUUUCUUUGAAGCGCUUUACUUUGGAGGGACUUUAACUGAAGGGUUCUUGCGUGGUACUGGAACUAUGGUUGGUGCUUACUCAGGAGGGUACGUAGGUGAGCAGAGAUUUGGUAGAUUCGGUUAUCUUGUGGGAAGUACCUUAGGGAAUUGGGUUGGCGCACGGGUUGGACUUAUGGUUUAUGAUGUUGUGAAUGGGGUAAACUUCUUCUAUGAGACUUAUCAAUCUGGAGAAAUAUAUGAGGAUCAGUCUACAAAUGAAAGUCCCGAGGACCGGUCUACAUAUGAAAGUCGUGAGGACCCGUCUACAUAUGAAAGUCCUGAGGACAGGUCUACUUAUGAAAUUCGUGAGGACCAGUCUACAUAUGAAAGUCCUGAGGAGGAUCAGUCUACAUAUGAAACUUCAAAUUAUGAGCUCUAGAUAGUUCCUACAAUGAAUGGAUUUAUGGAUUGGAAAAUGACCUAAGAAACUUUUGAAGACAAGUCAGAAAGGAAUUAUUGGAAAGCUUUAGAAGAUUUUGGAAUAUUUCUUUCCAAUACAUUUGACAUAGUUGUUGUAUAGACUAAAAGAGUUUCGACAAGACGAAUUCGUUGAUGGAUGCCCCAAAUAUUUCAGUUGCAUUUGUUUUAUUGUACAAAUUGUUUGUUUCAAAUUACUUUUUAUGUUGGUUGUCUUGAAUGUUUAAAUGUCAAAGUCCUACCAAAUUUAGGAGCAAAUUCGUAAGUUUUAGGCUUCUUCUAGCCCACAAAAUUCGAAGUCCAUGAGUUUUAAAAAUUGUAUUUUCAGUCAAAACAGUUGGUU